UCCGAACAUCGGAACAAAGUAAACAAACCAAAUAACAUUGCUCUUGCUAUUGCACGCGGAAUUUGAGGAAGAAUUGUUCAAAAACUGCCACCAAAAUGGGUAAAAAACAACACCAGAAAGAUAAAAUGUACCUAACGUACACCGAAUGGUCCGAGUUUUAUGGUGGCCACAAACCGGAUUCUGUUGAAAAUGAGCAGAUUAAAUUCAAACGGCUACCUUUCGACCACUGCUGUGUUUCGUUGGUCCCAUUCGAACAUCCGUACAGCGACAAGGAAGGCAACGUGUUCGAAUUGUCGGCGAUUGUUGAGUUUCUGAAGCGCUUCAAAGUAAAUCCGGUCACUGGCGCUCCGCUCGAUGGGCGGGAACUGAUUAAGCUGAACUUUACCAAGAACCACGAAGAUCAGUUCCACUGCCCGACGCUGUUCAAACCAUUUACCAAAAACUCGCACAUCGUCGCAAACGGUAAGACCGGAAACGUGUUUUCAUACGAAGCGAUCGAACAGCUCAACGUAAAAGCCAAGAACUGGAAGGAUCUGAUCGAUGAUACGCCGUUCACGCGCAAAGAUCUUAUCACCAUCCAAGAUCCGGCACAGCUCGAAAAGUUCAACAUUUCCAGCUUCCAUCACAUCAAAAAGAAUCUGCGCGUACUUACCGAGGAACAGCUGGCCGAGCGAAAGGACCCUCAUGGACGCCUUAAGACCAUUUCAGCCGAAACGAAAGACAUACUGACGCAGCUUGAGAAAGACUACCAGGCACCGGAUGUGCGCAAGGAGGAGCGCCAGGUGGCGGACAAGUUUAAUGCGGCUCACUACUCGACCGGCGAGGUGGCCGCUUCCUUCACUUCCACGGCUAUGGUUCCCGUUUCGCACCACGAAGCCGCUAUUAUCGACGACGAUAUCGUGCGGUACGAGCGCGUGAAAAAGAAAGGCUAUGUCCGGCUGUUGACAAACUUUGGGGCCCUCAAUCUGGAGCUGUACUGUGAGCAGGUGCCGAAGACGUGCGAAAACUUCCUGAAACACUGCCAAAGUGGCUACUACAAUGGAGUGCUGUUUCACCGCUCAAUUCGGAACUUUAUGCUACAGGGUGGCGAUCCGACGGGCGUUGGCAACGGGGGCACGUCGGCUUGGGGUGGCAAGUUUGCGGACGAAAUCAAGCCGAACCUUUCGCACGCCGGGCGAGGUAUUCUGUCGAUGGCCAAUUCUGGCCCCAACACCAACGGAUCACAAUUUUUCAUCACCUACCGAUCCUGCAAACACCUGGACGGGAAGCACACCAUCUUCGGUAAGCUGGUCGGUGGUCUCGAGGUAUUGACGGAAAUGGAACGCGUAGAGGUGGACAACCGUGAUAGACCGAUUGAAAACAUCUUCAUGCAAAGGGCCCAGGUUUUCGUUGACCCCUUCCAGGAGGUUGAUGAACAGUUGGCCAAAGAACGGGCGGAAGAGCUGGAACGGGUGAAGCAGGAAGCGGAAGAGAAGCGCAACAAAGGCUCUAACAGCGCCUCUGGGCAAAAGCGUGGUCAACCUUUGAAAGUAUUCCGGACGGGCGUGGGGAAGUAUCUAGACACGGGCAUAACGAAGAACCCUGCUUCGGUGUCCAACGGUGAGAAACCGGGUAGCAGUGGACUGGGUCCUGUGGAAGCAAAACGGCUUAAAAAAAUUACCGCAGGAACCAGUGGGUCGAAUGGUUUCGGUAAUUUCAGUUCGUGGUAAUAUGCUACCAAUU